CCAAACAUUCAUCUACGGGGAACACUCACGAUGCUAGGGCCUAUCAAAAUUAUAUUUAUUUUUUCAACAUUUUUUAUUAGUUCUGGUCUUGCUGAGCGCCCAAUUGUGCAAACUAAACAGGGUGUGUUGGAAGGAGUAUGGCAAACUUCUGCCAAAGGUGCUCAGUAUGCAGCGUUCAUGGGCAUUCCUUUUGCUCAACCACCAGUAGGGGAGCUGCGAUUUGAGCCGCCUCAAGACCCUGAGCCGUGGGACGGUGUAUGGGACGCAGGUGAUUUCGGUCCCUCCUGCAUCGCCUUCGAACACGAACUUGAGCCUGGAACUGAUCGUCAGGGAUUCACAGUUGGCCAAGAGGAUUGUCUCUAUUUGAAUGUUUAUACGCCGCGGCUGCCGAAAGAGGGUGAACCGAGUCCUAAGUUUGACGUAAUCCUUUACAUUCAUGGUGGAGCUUUUAUGUUCGGAGGAGGGAAAUACUACGGAGCAAAAUACAUCGUCGACAGAAAUGUGAUAUUUGUCACAAUCAAUUACAGACUUGGACCGAUGGGAUUUCUGAGCUUUGAGGAUGAAGUAGUGCCUGGAAACAAUGGACUUCGGGAUCAAGUCAUGGCCAUGAAAUGGGUCAACAGAAAUAUUUACAAAUUUGGAGGUAAUCCUGACAGCGUGACACUCGCGGGUCUUUCUGCCGGCGGCGCCAGUGUGCAUUACCAUUACUUAUCUAUGAUGCCGCGAGGACUGCACAAGAAUGGAAUAUCUAUGAGCGGAACCGCCACGUGUUCUUGGGCUUUAGUUGAAAAUGCGAGAGAAAAGGGCAUGCAAUUUGCAAGCAGCGCUGGUUGUGACGUUGAGAAGGAUUCUGAACAGAUUUUAAAAUGUUUAAAGCAAAGACCAGCGGAAAGACUCAUCAAAGCCGUAGAACAGUUCUUUGUAUGGAAGUAUUCACCGUUUACACCAUUUGGGCCAGUAGUGGAGAGGAAACGGUCUCCAAACUAUGACCCGUUUUUGGUGCUUCCUCCUGAAGAUAUAGUGCUGUCAGGAAGGAUGCGACGCCUCCCGUGGAUGUUAGGAAUUGUCGACGCAGAGGGGCUCUAUCCUGUUGGAACUUUUAUCAAUGAUGAGGUCGAACUAAAGAAAUUUGAUCGUGAAUUUGAUGAAUUAGUGCCACAUCUGCUCCACUUCCAAGAUUCGGUGGAGCCUGCUGAUAAACGGGAUGUUGCAAGAAAAAUUAGAAGAGAAUAUUUUGGAGACCGAGAAAUCAAUAAGAACGUGGCAAAGGAUAUAAUUAAGAUGGCUUCUGAUCGCCUUUUUGUUUACGACUCGCAAUGGACCGCUAAAUUCCAGAGCCAAUUUGCGCCGGUCUUCUUUUACAAAGUCAGCCGCCGCCCACCUUUCAGUUUGAGCAACAUUAUGACAGGAUCUAAUGAAGACUAUGGCACGAGCCAUGUUGACGAUGGCACUUACUUUAUCAACAUGACAUUUUUAAGCUUUGAAAAAUCAGAGGAGGACGAGAAAUUUACUGAAAUGAUGCUUGAUCUUUGGACUACGUUUGCACAGGAUGACCUAAUGAUGCCAAUGAGUGAAGAAAUGGAAUGGGACUGGCUGGAGUAUGAUAAAGACUUCAAUUACGUACUUCUAGACAAAGCACCGGGCCGUACUGAAUAUGACAAUGAUAUGGGAAAUGCAAAAUUUUGGAGUACAUUACCCCUUAAUGAGGGACUUCAAAAACUCCAUCAAAAAUCUAAAAGUGGAGCCAAGGAUGAACUGUAGACAGAGUUGAAUUACAAAAUCAAUUAUCUUAA